GGAAGAGGUGGGAUGUCUCGGAUGUUCCAUAUUGGAAGAAGCAGCAACACAGAGACUUUAGCUGUCGUGAAAUAAAAGUUAAGUUGUGGAAGUACUGCGAGAACUAUCACGCUCGUUAACUUCAACUAGUCUUCGCCAGAUCAGAUAUCACUGGCUUUCCUCUUUGCGACAGUGUUGUUCGCGCGUUGUGACAGACAGAACGCAUAUGACUGCAUCAAGUGGUUUGUCUUUCAUUUGAGGACUGCGGUCGAAGAACUACAGACAGUGAUCCAGUUAUUAGCUUGACAAGGACCUAUCAAGAAAGCAUUUGUGGUGAAUGCAUUCCUUGACGAUAGGGCCCAUUGCAUUAUCGUCUCAUUUUACAACACUCUUUAGACGAUCCCGCCACGCCCACUCAAGUGUUUGCUGAAACUCUGGUUUGGACGCCCAAAGUCUUUUUGCCAGGAGAAAGUCUUCUGCGUCCAGAAGGCGCCGCGCUGAUGGUUGAUGGUGAGAGCACACGGAUGACUUCAUGAUAGCUCUUCCGCUGAAUACUUUGAUAUUGCUUGAUGAUAUCGAGAAGCAAUCAUACCCACCAUCGAGAAUAGAUAGGCCAUUUCGUUGUAUUGUUCUCCAUAGUCACACUGCUGCACUCAGCUUAUGCGAAUCGCUUUCAUUGCGAAAACUCCUCGAACAGCUUGGCGUGCGUGGUCAUUUCUUCCACUGAAGGUCCAAAGUUGAAAGCGAUUAAAACACCUAGAAGGAAUCAAUCAUUCACUUGUUACUUAUCAGAUUCUACUGAUGCAGAGAUACCCCACUUCGCCGUAUUGUUGGAGGCCUCAUUACAUUUCUGAACAAAGGACCAAUUUAUACAGCAGACCAUUGUUGGCAAUGAAAUUGGACGUCUACCCAGUAUUAUCCAGGUUUACUUUUAACUUGCACAAAAUUCUGGUGUUUCACAUAUCUUAUUUAUUCACCGUAAUCACAAACGGGCAACACCUCUAAUUUUCAAGGCUGGACCCCACGUCAAAUAUCAGGAUUAUCAUCAAAUCAUGAGGACACUUCCAUGGAAAAAAAAGAAUGGCUCGACUACACUGACCCCUCCAAAGAAAACCAUUGCUUCGGUCGGCAGAUCUACAAAGCGUCCUCGUGGUGAAGCUUCUCCUUCUGACAGCGAUUAUGAUUCCGGCCAUCCUCCCAAGCAGAUCAAAGCCAUAAGCCAUAGUCGUGAACCUUCUACAUCGCCCCCACCAGAACCUCCCACUGAAAGUUUCAUGGAGGAAGGUCGAGAGCAUGAUGAUAAAUAUCGUAUUGUCGAAGACGAAUUUUUGACAGUUGCAAAGUCCUUCACUGUGCAUCUACACACAGCCGAAUAUAAAAGACUUGGUAAAAUAGCCAAAACACGAAACGCUGAUGCUAUUAAUUCGAUUUCAAGGCCUGUGGUCGGCAGAAUGCCGGAUGCAACAAGGCGUAAAGCAGAAGAGAUUGCAAGGUCGAAAAAUCAGCGAAACGUUCUAGAGAAGUUGAUUGGCAAAAAGGAAGAUGGCCUUUCUGAUGAUAGUGAUGAAGAAACUCUACCCUUUGUUGGAACAUCACUUUAUGGUCUAAUGACAAGUCCGAAGAAAAGAGGUAUAUCACUCAUGAACAUUUCUUCUCCAACCAAAACUACAAGAGCGGCUGCUGGAUUUCGCAAUCCCACUAAGUUCGAAACUUCACAGCGCGCGUCUUCUCCGACUAUCAAACGUAAGACUCAAGCUGUGGAUCUGGACCCAGAUACUACAGCUUCCGAAGACAACGAUGAUCUUGAUGCACCUAUUUCGGCUCCAAAGUUCUCAUCCUCUAAACCGGUUAAUACACAGCCAGAAGCCAGGUUACCGACGGUAUCAACAGCAGUAACUGCUAGUAAGCUGCAAAAGUCGAGGACUCCUGUGACUCUUCAUUCCAAUGUUCAUAAAUCUACCAAAGCUCCGACUGCUGAUCCGUCCUCCCAUUUAUCUACCACUCAAGAUAGGAUAGCAAGACGAAUCGCACAGACGAAACUUAGACGGAAACAGGCGGAGGAAGAGAAAAAGAAGCUCGACAUCAUUCCAACAUUCUUGUGAUUGAUCAAGAACUAUAUGUUAAAAUUAUCAUCACGAUUUAAUGCCACAUAUGAUUCACAGGCCUUGUUGAAAGCUUCAUUCAUGAACUUUGAACUAAAUAAUUUAUUA